CACUGCUCCCAUAAGACUGGCUGUGCAGACGGCAGGCAGAGUCAUCAUCCAGCCCUCUUUGUCUCCUCCACCCUCUCUCCUCCGAACCAGGCUCCACCUCUCACUUUCUCUCUCUCUCUCUCUCUCUCUCUCUCUCUCUCUCACACUCUCUCUCUCUCUCUCUGCCAGCCUCACACUCACACACACACACACACACACACACUUACACUCUCUGUUCCCACGACUCCCUUCUCCUACUCCUGACGUGCGUGCCUCCUCGUCAAGGCGAGCAGAUUUGAAGCUGAAGGUGUGCUGUGUUGUUGCCAGUGAGCUGCUGUUUGGAGGAGAAGACUGGAAGAAAAUACUAUCUGAGUGUCCGUGUGGGAGUGAGGAGGAGGCGUUUAAUAGAGAAACUGCAGCCGGCGUCAUUGAGUAAAAGUGCCACAUCGAGCUCCAGCGGCGAAAAGCAGAACUUGUCCAAGCCCCCUUUUCCUGGGAUUGUGAAGAGGACCCGGGGAAGCCAGCGUGCUACCAGCAUCUGCCUGGCUGCCCAGCAUCUUCACGAUGAAUGAGAGUCGAAGGGAAGCGCUGGCGGCGGCGGCGCCCAUGGCCACCACCGCCUCCUCCUCCACGGCUGGCUCCAACACUACCGACAUGGCCGGCCCCGGCAACGGCGAGAAGGACGAGGCGUUUUCCAAGCUGAAGGACAAGUUCAUGAACGAGCUGAACAAAAUCCCCUUGCCGUCAUGGGCCAUCGUCUCCAUCGCCUUCGUGGCGAUCAUCCUGGUGUUGGCGUGCUGCUUCUGCAUCUGCAAAAAAUGGAUAUUCAAGAAGAAAAACAAAAAGAAGGGCAAAGACAAGGGGAAGAACGCCAUCAACAUGAUGGACGUGAAGGACGGAGCCAAAACCGAGGCCUUGAAGGAUGAGGAGGAUGCGGAGACAGGGCUGACUGAAACGGAGAAAGAGGCCACGCCCAAGGAGGAGGAGAAACUGGGCAAAUUACAAUACUCCCUGGAUUACAAUUUCACGGAGAAUACGCUCAUGGUGGGGAUCAUCCAGGCGGCAGAGCUGCCCGCCAUGGACAUGGGUGGCACGUCCGACCCGUACGUGAAGGUCUACCUGCUGCCCGACAAGAAGAAGAAAUUUGAGACCAAGGUCCACAGGAAGACGCUCAAUCCUGUCUUCAACGAGCAGUUCACCUUCAAGGUCCCGUACGUGGAGCUCGGGGGGAAAACGUUGAUAAUGACGGUGUACGACUUUGACCGCUUCUCCAAACACGACGCCAUCGGGGACAUCAAGGUGACCAUGAACAAGGUGGACUUCAGCCACAUAACAGAGGAGUGGAGGGAUCUGCAGAGCGCUGAGAAGGAGGAGCAAGAGAAGCUGGGCGAUAUCUGCUUCUCCCUGCGGUACGUUCCCACCGCCGGCAAGCUGACCGUGGUCGUCCUCGAGGCCAAGAACCUGAAGAAAAUGGACGUGGGAGGCUUGUCAGAUCCAUACGUGAAGAUCCACCUGAUGCAGAACGGCAAGAGGCUGAAGAAGAAGAAGACGACAAUCAAGAAGAACACCCUGAACCCGUACUACAACGAGUCCUUCAGCUUUGAAGUCCCAUUCGAACAAAUCCAGAAAGUGCAAGUUGUUAUAACUGUGCUGGACUACGACAAGAUCGGCAAGAACGACGCCAUCGGCAAAGUGUUCGUGGGCCUCAACAGCUCGGGGACGGAGCUGCGCCACUGGUCCGACAUGCUGGCCAACCCCAGGAGACCCAUCGCCCAGUGGCACGUGCUGAAGGUCGAGGAGGAGGUGGACGCUCAGCUCUCCACCAAGAAAUAGACAGGGCCCUUUCAGCACCUGCCUUGUAGUACUCUUUAGCCAGUAUGUGUAAAUACCUCAGUGAUAUAUGGGUCCAUCCAUGUAACCCCCACCCCCCCCUCCCUGUCUUUCAGCCCUGAAUUUCACGACGAUCCCUAACUGUUGAAACUUCCUGUCACGUCAUAUCCUCCGCUUUUUCUAUCAGGUCCCUACUCUUCUCUUUUGUUUUCUGAAAAUAGUUUUUAUUCUUCGGUUCCAUCCUGAUUCUGCAGUUUUCUUUCCUCCCCCAUCAAGCCCUGAGACGCCCCCGACCAAAAGCCCCCUUCUUUUAAGCAAUAUGAUCUGUAUAGAUAGCGCAUGACUGAAAGAAUUUAUUGUACCACAGUUGUAUAUAUAAGUAUGCAGACAAAAAUGAUUUCUAGUUUAUGUGUUUGUAUGUUGUUACCCGUUUCCUAAUCUGUGUAUAUCUCGAUGUUUUUAAUAAGAUGUUCUAUUUUAAAUUAUGUAAAUGCAGAUAUAGAGGAAAGCCAAUAUUAUAUAUCCCAGGAUUUAAAAAUUCUACCUUAUUACCUUAUUGCAUUCCAGAUAUAAAAAGGGAAAAUGAAUUCCAACCUGCUAGUGGGGGAUAUAUUCACGUUGUAAAGGACGACGUCAGCGAAGGAUCAUCACAGAAAAACCGGUGGAUAUAUAUAUAUACACACAAAGCUCCAAAACACAAGGCCAUUAACUGCUAUGGUUCUGUGGGGGGGAAACUAAUUAUGCUGCUGGAAAUAAUACAAGCACAUGAUUUCUUAUGACUUUUUCUACUUAUUUCUCAAUCAGAGGACCUACGUGUUGAGCUCGUUCCCACAAACAACACAAACCCGUCAGCGUUUCCUUUCUCCAUGUUCGGCCGUCAAAGUGAAGUAGGUCCUCGUUUUAAAGGCCGUCGCUCACUUCUACUGGCUUUUGUUUUUAUUUAUUUAUCUUUUCCAAAAAAAAAGUGGGAAUCGAAUCCAGACUCUUUUGUUGUCCCUUGAGAAACGGGCCCCGUGUGGAAGAAGCACCUGAGCUGUAGCCAUUGUGUCCUUAAGCUAAUUUAACAAUACUUUGUUACCUGCUUACUUUAAUCAGCCUUGUAGUCGCUGUGGGUUCGUUGCAUUUAGGCCGGGGUCCGAGUUUAAAAACAGAAACAAACAGGGAGUCGUGACUCUGGUUUGAAGAGGAAUAUUUUUUAGAGCAAUUCAGCGUCUUAACUAUUUUUAGUAAACUGCAUGAUUUUUUUUACACUCUUUACUAAAGGCUGGGACGGGGCGGGGGGAGGAGGGGGGGAAUCUACUGACACCAGGGGGCGCUCUUCUGACCUGAUCCCCUUUGCCUUCAAUCAGAGGAGAGGAGAAGAAUUAAAAGUGCGUUUUAAACUUUGGGGGUCAGGGUAAUAUUGACGGAGGUGAAGCGAGUUUCUAAACACUGCCAUUCCCGGGGAGGUGACCCGUGU